AUCUUUUCCAUAGACCGUAAAAUCUGUGAUAACGGACUCCGACUCUGAUUUGCAGCCUAAACCGUCGAGUAUUCAGAUCCCACUCACAGAACCAUGCCUGCACCCACAGCUUUACGGCAAAAUGCCGAAGUAGAAAUGGCAGAGACGCUUGUUGCGCCUACUAUGUCAGAGCAAGAUGAGGAAAUCUUGAUCGACGCACAAACUUCGGCAGAUCAGGUUACUGCAGGUCUCGCGCCUGAGGUUGAGCCCACUCAAGACAGCGAUAUGCGUAUCGACGAAGAGGGACGGCCCCUCUUCACGCCAGCCAAAGACACUAGCAGGGUAUAUCGAGUCGAAAGCAGGAAGGUUCCUGUACCACCGCAUAGGAUGACUCCAUUGAAGGCUAGCUGGGCACGCAUCUAUCCCCCGCUUGUCGAACACCUCAAACUUCAAGUGCGCAUGAACAUCAAGAAUCGAGCUGUGGAACUACGUACGUCACGAUUCACGACCGAUACGGAAGCCCUGCAGAAAGGCGAGGAUUUCGUCAAAGCUUUUACUCUUGGAUUCGAUGUCGACGACGCUAUCGCACUUCUCAGGUUGGAUGAUCUUUACAUACGUUCAUUUGAGAUUCGGGAUAUCAAAGCCCUCAACGGAGAGCACCUUAGUCGUGCAAUUGGACGUUGUGCUGGUAAAGAUGGGCGAACAAAGUUUGCGAUAGAGAACGCUACUCGGACAAGAAUCGUCAUCGCAGACCAGAAGAUUCACCUGCUAGGCGCAGUGAAGAAUGUCGACUGUGCCCAACAGGCCAUUGUUAGCUUGAUUCUUGGCAGUCCACCGGGUAAAGUGUAUGGGAACCUUCGUAAGGUGGCUUCUCGCAUGAAGGAGCGUUUUUAGGGGGAAAAAAAACCAACCGUCAGCAUCAUGGGAACUACGGUCUCUGCCUCUACCAGAGUUUUGUUUCUUUUUUCUUUCUUUUUAUGACAUGGUAUCGGCGUUAGGGGUUGUGGCAUAUGAUCUGGAUAGAGUAUAA